CGAAUCAAACAGCUCCGUUAAUGGGCCUAAGCCCAAUCCAAAACUAUUUGAUCAUAUUUGGAAGAACAAAAAAACUUCUGUGAGACAUUUCAUCGAACACGUUGUGCUCAAUUCUUGACGAGAGAGGUGAGAACGACGAACGCACAGGGAAAAAAUCGAUAAACCCUAAGGGACAGUAAUGAGAUGGAGAAGAAGGAAGCAAUGCAAAUCGAAGGUUACCCUAUCGAGGGAUUGUCGAUUGGAGGGCACGAGACGUGUAUCAUAUUCCCAUCUCUUCGGAUAGCUUUCGACAUCGGUCGUUGCCCACAUCGCGCUAUUUCACAGGACUUCCUCUUUAUCUCUCACUCUCACAUGGAUCACAUCGGUGGAUUGCCAAUGUAUGUUGCGACUAGAGGAUUGUACAAAAUGAAGCCUCCAACGAUUAUAGUCCCCAAAUCGAUUAAAGAAACUGUGGAGAGUUUGUUUGAGGUUCACAGAAAGUUAGAUUCUUCAGAGCUAAAGCACAAUCUUGUUGGCUUGGACAUAGGGGAGGAGUUUAUUAUAAGGAAAGAUCUCAAAGUCAAAGCCUUUAAGACAUACCAUGUCAUCCAAAGCCAGGGUUAUGUAGUGUAUUCAACUAAAUAUAAGCUCAAGCAGGAGUAUAUUGGCCUAUCUGGGAAUGAAAUUAAGAACUUGAAGGUUUCAGGUGUUGAGAUAACAAACAGCAUAACAACUCCUGAAGUCGCUUUUACGGGAGAUACAACGUCGGAUUUUGUAGUUGAUGAAAACAAUGAUGAUGUUCUCAAGGCAAAGGUUCUCGUCAUGGAGAGCACAUUUCUUGAUGAUUCGGUAUCCGUAGAGCAUGCAAGAGAUUAUGGACAUAUCCAUUUAUCUGAGAUAGUAAAUCAUGCUGAAAAGUUUGAAAACAAAGCAAUCCUGCUGAUCCACUUUUCGGCUCGGUAUACUGUGAAGGAAAUCGAAGAUGCCGUCUCUGCAUUGCCUCCACCUCUAGAGGGACGUGUGUUUGCACUAACACGAGGAUUCUAAACAAGAACAGUCACUUCUUGUAGGUUUUACACACUUAUGUUUGUGUUGGCCAAGUUUUUGUAUUGCACAUGUAAACGUUGUAUUCUCUUGUUGAAAAUUUAAAAUUUCUUCUAUCCCGAUGAA